UGCAGUCGACCUGAGGAGCGGACGCUGCUCCGCCGCCGCCUCGAGGACACGCCGCCCGGACGAGGGGAGCGUCGCGGAUAACGACCACACAUUCCUCCGUCUCACGUUAGUUGAUGCAAACCGUCCACUCCUCCUUUUCCUCCUUUUCCUCUCGCCGGGGGGUCACGACGCCGCGUGUGUAUCUUUUUUUUUUUCAUUGGAGGGCUUUGGCUGUAUAUUUUUUUUAAUUAUUAUUUUAUUUUUUGACAUUUCUUCCGCAACCCCUCUACCGGGAAGCUGAAUGGAAGCGGCGGCCGAGGGAGCGGUCGGGAUGUCGGAGGCCGGGGACGGGAGCCCGCUAUCCGGGGCCGCAGCAUCCGAUGAUGAUGGGGACACGGUCGUCGGAGUUAGCUACGGGAUGGACGCCGCAGACAUGGAUGCUGCUGGAAGGAAAGCCUUCAUCACAGAGAUGCCCUCAUCCUCAGGCCAGCCCGGCCAGGGAAAGAAGAUUGGCCACAGAGGGGUGGAUGCAUCGGGGGAAACCACUUACAAGAAGACCACAUCCUCGGCCUUGAAAGGUGCCAUCCAGCUGGGCAUCGGUUACACGGUGGGCAACCUGAGCUCCAAGCCGGAGAGAGAUGUGUUGAUGCAGGACUUCUACGUGGUGGAGAGCAUAUUUUUCCCCAGUGAAGGCAGCAACCUCACUCCAGCUCACCAUUUCCCGGACUUCCGCUUUAAAACCUACGCUCCCGUGGCCUUCCGCUACUUCAGAGAACUGUUCGGCAUCAGGCCGGACGACUACCUGUACUCCCUCUGUAACGAGCCUCUGAUCGAGCAGUCCAAUCCCGGAGCGAGUGGCUCCGUCUUCUACCUCACGAGGGACGACGAGUUCAUCAUCAAGACCGUGAUGCACAAGGAGGCCGAGUUCUUACAGAAGCUGCUGCCCGGAUACUACAUGAACCUGAAUCAGAACCCUCGCACUCUGCUGCCCAAGUUCUUCGGCCUCUACUGCGUCCAGUCGGGCGGGAAGAACAUCCGCGUGGUGGUGAUGAACAACGUCCUGCCCCGCGUCGUGCGCAUGCACCUCAAAUACGACCUGAAGGGCUCCACCUACAAGAGGAGAGCGUCCAAGAAGGAGAGGGAGAAGGCCCGGCCCACGUUCAAGGACCUGGACUUCAUGCAAAACCUACAAGAAGGACUGAUGCUGGACCAGGACACUUACAGCGCGCUGGUCAAGACCCUCCAGAGGGACUGCCUGGUGCUGGAGAGCUUCAAGAUCAUGGACUACAGCCUGCUGCUCGGGGUGCACAACAUGGACCAGGCGGAGCGGGAGCGGCAGCUGGAGGGCUCGCAGGGCGACGGCGACGAGAAGAAGCCCGUGGCCCAGCAGAAGGCCCUGUACUCCACCGCCAUGGAGUCCAUCCAGGGGGGGGCGGCCUGCGGAGGCUCCAUCGACACCGACGACACGAUGGGCGGCAUCCCCGCCGUCAACGGGAAAGGGGAGCGGCUUCUCCUCUACGUCGGACUCAUCGACAUCCUGCAGUCCUACAGGCUAAUCAAGAAACUGGAGCACACGUGGAAAGCUCUGGUUCACGAUGGGGACACCGUGUCGGUCCACCGGCCGGGCUUCUACGCCGACAGAUUCUUCAAGUUCAUGAGCAGCAUGGUGUUCAAGAAGAGCUCCUCUCUCAAGUCAUCUCCAUCCAAGAAGGGCCGCAUGUCGUUGUCGGUGCCGAAGUGCAUCGGCCCCGGCUCCGCCUGGUCCGCCAGCCAGCUGUCGUCCGAGAGGGACGAGAACAUCUACGACCUGAGGGGAGCGCGCAGCUUCCCCACGCUGGAGGACGAGGGGCGACCAGAUCUCCUUCCCUGCACCCCUCCGUCGUUUGAAGAGGCCACCACCGCGUCGAUCGCCACCACCAUCUCCUCCACCACCUCCCUCUCCAUCCCCGAGAGAUCCCCCUCCGACACCGCCGAGCACCCCCGCUACAGGAGGCACACCCAGUCGCUCACCCACGACGGAAGGACCCAGGAGGAGCUGCGUGUGCGUGAGGAGGACCAGCAGACCAUCAGGGUGGAGGUGGAGCUCAAGAGACACGACAGCGAGCCCUCCAUCUCCGUUCCAGAGCCUCCACCCGAAACCAGUGAAAUUCAGGAAGGAGCUGCAGCACCCUCCGGCUCUUUGUCCGCACCUGAAGCGGAGGCGGCGGCGGCCUCUUCCUCAUCCUCGUCUGCCCCCGAUGCUCCUCCCCCCCCCUCCUCCUCCUCCUCCAAUGAAGCCCCGUCCAGUCCCAAGGUGGUGGUGGUGGAGGCAGACGGGGCCAGGCGGGUGUCCGGCUCCGGCUGCACCAGCCAGGCUUCAGUCGAUGACGACGACGACGUGCCAAUCACCGAUAUAUACUUUCCUCAAGACGACAGCACCUGGGUGUACUCUCCGCUGCACUAUGGCUCAGAGGAGUCUGAGGCCCUGCCCGAUGGGGAGAGAGAGACAUAAACCCUGAUCUCUGGCUGGGAGGCGUGAACAUCUCGGCGGAGAAGAAGAAGACGACGACGACUCAUCGGUCUGACGUCCAGACCUCAGCGACAGGACCUCCUGUCUGAAGGAUUUGAAACAUACAGGAACUGAACACUGAUGGGGGGGAGGGGGGGACAUGCGUUACCAGAGAUGGAGAAAGGAAAAAGAGAAGAAAAUACAUCCUGACGGUGAUGAACGUCACUGAUUUCCAAAACCAUCCCUGCCUUUCACCCCUCGACAAAAAUGAAAAUGAUAUCGAUUUAAUGAUGAUGUGCGUGUGUGACAUGCAGUAGUGCGUAUACGGAUGUAGUCUUUGUGUGUUCGCCGUACGUGGAAAGACCGUUAAAAACGUACCGCGCCGAUGAAAAGUUCUCCACACAAAUCAACUUUUGAUUCAAAUGUUACGAGACGAUGAAAUGAGGUGAAAACGUUUCAUAGGCACCGUUCACGUGCAUGUGUCGAGUUCACGCGGGCAACGCGCUUUAACGGACUCUAACGGACUAACGGGCUCUAACGGGCUCUAACGGACUGUAACAGACUCUAACGGACUGUAACAGACUCUAACGGGCUCUAACGGGCUCUAACGGACUGUAACGGGCUCUAACGGACUCUAACGGGCUCUAACGGACUCUAACGGACUGUAACGGACUGUAACGGGCUCUAACGGACUGUAACGGGCUCUAACGGACUCUAACGCGCUCUAACGGACUGUAACGGACUCUAACGGACUCUAACGGGCUCUAACGGACUCUAACGGGCUCUAACGGACUGUAACGGGCUCUAACGGACUCUCACGGACUCUAACGGACUCUUAACGGACUCUUAACGGACUGUAACGGACUCUAACGGGCUCUAACGGACUCUUAACGGACUGUAACGGGCUCUAAUAGACUUAAAGACUCUUACAGACUCUCCAGACUCUAAUAGAAUCUAACAGACUCUAAUAGAAUCUAACAGACUCCAACGGACUCUAACGGACUCUUACAGACUCUAACAGACUAAUAGAAUCUAACAGGCUCUUAUAGACUCUAACAGACUAAUAGAAUCUAACAGGCUCUUAUAGAAUCUUAUAGACUCCAACGGACUCGAACAGACUCUAACAGAUUCUAGUAGACUCUAACAGACUAGUAGACUCUAACAGACUCUAACAGACUCUAGUAGACUCUAAUAGACUCUAACAGACUAAUAGACUCUAACAGACUCUAACAGACUCUAAUAGACUCUAACAGACUCUAGUAGACUCUAAUAGACUAAUAGACUCUAACAGACUCUAAUAGACUCUAACAGACUCUAACAGACUCUAGUAGACUAAUAGACUCUAACAGACUAGUAGACUCUAACAGACUCUAGUAGACUCUAACAGACUCUAACAGGCUCUAACAGACUCUUACAGACUCUUACAUAAUCUAACGGACUCUAACAGAAAGGGAAAACACACACACAGAAGGUUAGAUGCUCACCUUGAGAUUACCCGGUCAUCUUCGGGUCGAUGUCCCAACGGGGUCUCCUGAGAGCGGCCGGUGUAGCCCACGGCGUGCUGAGUGUUGGAGGGCUCUGCUCGUGCUCAUUGGACUAGGGUCGCAACGGUAGCCACCGAUUGGUCGAUCCAAACAGAAGGUUUUCCAGUAGUGGAUAUAUGCAGUUUAGUUUCUAGAGGAGAGAACUACAACGCCUCAUUCCCUUCACUGAGUAUUUAUACAGUUGUAUUCAUAGCGUAAUCAUUUAUUAUUUAUAGCAAACCGUUUCUUCUUCUUUUUGGCACAUUUUUUUAUUUUUUAUAUUUCUGAGCUUAUAUUUUACUACUGCAAGCUUUUAUUUAUUCCUCCGUUUGUAUUUUAUUCUACAUUUUCACUGUUUUCUGGGACUUUUUCACUCUGAAAUGCUUCAAUGCUUCUGUUUUUUGUUUAGUUUUUUUUAAUCCAAAGAACUUCAUUUUGUGUUUUGUUUUUCGUCGAUCCCUGCAGCUUUUUAAAUUAUCAUCAUUAUUAUUUUGGUUUCUUUUGCUACUUUUCCCCUCUGCUCUUGCCCCCUCACCACCGAAGGCAUCGAUUGCAUCACUUAGCCAACCCUCCCGUCAUCGCAAUGUCUUCCAGUGUCGCCCUUUCCCUCGGACAGAUGCACACAAAUCAUUUGCAACGACGGAAAAUUAAUAUUUUAUUUAGAAAAUCUAAAAAUCUUGACCGUUGUCCAUCGCAGCAACGAAUCCCACGUGACCGGACCUUUUGUAGACGUAGAGCAUCCGUCGUCGUGUUUGCGGUCGGUAUCGUACCCGUUCUCUGUAUUCUGGAACAAACACAGCGCGUUUGUAAAUGAACGAAUGAAUUGAAUGUUGUUUGCACUCAUCCAGAGGAGAUGAAGUAUCGCGAUGGAGGCCAAAUUAAACACGCAUCGCGGUCACGUUCAUUUUUCUGCUCAUCUUUUUCUUUUUUGGGGGGGAUUAUCAAGUGUGUGUCUGUCUGUGUGUGUGUGUGUGUGUGUGUCUCUAAGUGUGUGUGGGUGCAGUCAAUCACAGUCAUUGUAGGGUUAGUGUUUACUGUAGUCUCUGUGGAUGACAUCUUAAGGACUCUCGAGUAAGACUUAAGUUAAAGUUCAAUUUUUUUAUUUAACUCCAGAAACUGUAUCUUCAGUCGGUUGGUGCGUCUCUGUGUGUGUUAGUCUGUAAGGAAGGGCACAUUGUAAAGAAAAUAAUAAUAAUAACAGUAAUAAAAAAAGAAAAAUCAGAUCGUU